GUUCGCUUCUGCUAUCAGAAGGGCAGAGAGAGAGAGAGAGAGCGAGCGAGAGAGAGAGGUUCACAGCCUACUGAAUCCAUCGCUGAAACCUGCGACUGCCUGCUCCUCAUCUUCUUGUUUACGUCUCUCUUUCUCAGUGUUCGAUCGCCGCCCAAGGGGCUCCGGAUCCCGCUCGAGUCGGUGAGCUAUAGAGUCCAGACGAUGCUGCCCUGGCUGCCUGCUGGCCAGGACAGCAGCCAUCCCUACGCCAUCCUGCUCUUGCUCUAAAUCUGUCGGUCAGCGCUCAGUAUGAGGGAGAUGGUAGGAGGCUGCUGCGUUUGUUCCGAUGAAAGAGGCUGGACAGAGAACCCGCUCGUCUACUGCGAUGGACACGGCUGCAGCGUCGCUGUGCAUCAAGCUUGUUAUGGUAUUGUUCAGGUACCAACGGGCCCAUGGUUCUGCAGGAAAUGCGAGUCUCAGGAGAGAGCUGCCAGGGUGAGAUGUGAACUUUGUCCCCACAAGGAUGGUGCACUGAAGCGGACAGAUAAUGGAGGCUGGGCACACGUUGUUUGUGCACUCUACAUCCCUGAAGUCCAGUUUGCUAAUGUAUUGACCAUGGAGCCAAUAGUCCUGCAGUAUGUCCCCCAUGAGCGCUACAACAAGCCGUGUUACAUCUGUGAAGACCAGGGUCGGGAGAGCAAAGCUGCAUCUGGUGCCUGUAUGACUUGCAACCGGCAAGGCUGCCGGCAGGCAUUCCACGUCACUUGCGCACAGAUGGCAGGUCUUCUCUGUGAAGAGGAAGGUCUGGAGGCUGACAAUGUGAAGUACUGUGGCUACUGCAAGUACCAUUACAACAAAAUGAAGAAAUCGCGUCAGUCAUGCAGCAGCAGCGGCAGUGCACUUUGCCACACCAGAAGCAGCUCCACUUCACCCUCGUUGGAGAAGCACAGUUCUCAUCAUGACAAGCAGAAAAAGAGUCACAAAGACAAAGGGCGCCAGAAGGAGAAGCAUAAGAAGUCCUCAGAAACACUCCCCACGUUGCUCCCGGGCAGCACUGAUAAGGUGUCCUCUAGCCAUCAUUCCAGCUCAAAAGAAAGUGUGGAGGUCAGCCGGUCAGAAGCAAAGAGCAGGAAGAUGCUGAGUCACGUCAUUACUCAUCGGGGCAGGAAAUCAAGCAGUGGGAAGUCGUUCUCAUCCAAUGGGCCCUUCCAACAAGUAAGCUCAUCUACCUCUAGUAGUCACUCCUCCUCCCAAGACUAUCUAAACUUUUCCUCUUCCAAGCUGGAAAGAGAGGAGCAUGCCAAGGAUGAAGAAGAGGAAGAGGAAGAAGAGGAGGAGGAGGAAGAGGAGGAAGGAGAAGAUGAGGAGAAGUACAUGAAAUCACCUGGCACUACUGCUGCACCUUCAUCCCUUCCAGUUUCCUCUCUGCCCCCAGCACUGUCAACUCCCGAAUCCACCCACAGCUCUCCCUGCUAUGAUGUGACUGGUAGCAACAGUGGAAACAGCUUUGAACCAAAGGUCACCAUCUCCACCUUUGGCUCCAUCAUGCGCAUUACCUCCACUGGAUUAGGAAACUCAUCCAAAGUGCGUGACAACUCCCCUGGGGAGUACAAGGUGGUGAACCCCGUCAGCAGCCAGCGGAGUAAACGUCGACCUCCAGUUUUGGAUGAGGAUUCAGGCGAGGACAUACCUGUCAAGGUGCGAAAGCACAGAGGCAGUAGGAAGAGUAAACAUGGGCCAGGCCGGCCGAAAGGCAGCAAGAACAAGGAGAGCCGGGAGAAUAAGGACAGUGGACAGCAUAGCUCAGUCAGCUCAACCCUGACCUCCUUGGGACCCCCAUCUCUGAUGUCCCCCGUCUCUUCCACUAGCCGCCCCCCUCUGAGCAGCAGUGGCUAUCCCAGUUCUUCUCGUACCUACACUCCUGGUGGCAGCACUAACUCCUCACUGCUGGGAUCAGGUAUCUAUACCAGUAAUAAGGAUCCCAUCUCCUUAGGAGGAGGAGGAGGGAUUUUAGGGGCAUUCUGCAGCACUCCGUUAUCAUCCAGUCUGCUGGGCCACCAGGGGGCAUCCUCUUCUAUCCCACAACUCAACUGCCUUUCUCUGCCGUCGGCCCUCCCCACCGCAACUCCUGCAUCCGUCUCCACAACUCAGGUGUUCUCCCUUCCUGGCUCGUCCUACAGCCUGAACUCUUCCCGUGUUUUCGGCAGUCCCCUGACCUCGGGUCCGUCCAUCAAUCCAUUGAUCAGCCAGUCGGAGAGCAGUCUUCAAGACCCAGAGUUGGAAGAUUGUCCCUUCGCCUGUCGAGACAGCUCCCCACGUGAAAGCCUGUCCUCUCCGUCCCCAAUAAGCAGCCUGCCUCUGUUGUUUGAUCAGAGAGACAUAGGAAGCCGGAGCAGUGGAGAGAAUACUGGAAACAUCCCGGCUUGCAGUGCACACAUUGAACAGCUUCUGGAGAAGCAUGGCAGUGGCGAGAUGGGCUUCAACAUUGUUGAGAUGCUGAAGUCUCUACACUCCUUGCAACAGGAGAACCAGAGACUGCAGGACCAGAUUAUGAGCCUGACAGCAAAAAAGGAGCGGUUGCAGCUUCUCAACGUACAGCUGGAAGUACCCUUCAAUCCUGUGCAGAGCAGUACCACACGGACACCAUGCUCGUCUUCUUCUUCCACACAGAUGAAUUUUCUCUCCACACAUAAUGCAUGCGCUACGGACCCUCUGGGCAUCAACAAGAGCUCACCCUCCAAGACUGCCUUCUUGGCAGAAAAUUCCAUUUCUGCUUCCUCUGAGGAACUUCAUUCAGGCUGCCAAAGCCGCAGUAGCUCCUCCCUUUCUUUCCAUAGCACUCCACCUCCUCAGCAAAGCCCCGCCUCCUUGUCUCAGCCUUUGGUUAAUGGCCUUGGCAGAAAUAUGGUUGGUAGCACUUUAGGGGUUGGAACGUCACCUGCCAAUUCCUCUUUGACCUUGGCAAGUGGGCUAAUGGCAAAUCUCAACGGGGGUCCACAGUUGUCCGUCAAUGGCAUGAUGGGGAACCUGAAUGGGGUGAUCCAGACGCCUGCUAACUCCGUCACACAACAGACACUGCAGCAGAAUCUCCAGUUCACCAACAGCCUCAGUGGUGUCCCUGGAGCAAAUCUUCUUACGGAGCAGCAGAAGCAGUUUGUUCUCCAGCAACAGCAGCAGCUCCACCAGAUUUUAGCUUCACAGCAGUUCACCCCGGAGCAGCAAGCCGUUGUCUACCAGAUGCUGCAGCAGAACCAGCGACAGAGACUACAGUUGGCUGGGGCAGGGGCACCACCUUUCUUGCCUGGAAUUACACCAGCACUGGCGUCCACACUUGCACCUUCCAGUCACCUGAUGAGCCCUGCAACUGCCUCACCUCUGAAUAGCAACCAAGGCAACCCUUUCCUUGGGUUAACACAGGAUGGAAAUGUCCAGAAGGUACAGAGGGCAGUAGAGAAAGGAGGAUCCCUGAGCCAGGACAAAAGCUGACUGUGUGAGUGACGAAGACCAGCGCAGAGACUGAAGACAAUGUACCUGACUCAGCGAAAAGCUUGUCUCUUAUUGUGAAAUCUAUGAGCCCUAAGGACAGAAAAGAACACGGCACCUUUUAUUACUGUUUUUCAUCAGGAAUACAUUCAGAUUGAAGAAUGUAACUGAUUUUUAAUAGCUGAAAUUUAAAAAAAAAAA